ACUCUCUACCCGCCAAUAGAAAACAACAAUGACAGCCUCCGUCACCGUCGCGACGGGUUUUCUCCGUUCACCGUCAGUCUCAAAGUCUCAAAACACUUCCUUUCUCUUCACUCGUCAGAGAAUCCUCCUGCCGAAGAAAUCUUCGGUGAGACCCAUUUCAGCUUCGACCUCAGAGCUGCCGGAGAACGUUCGGAGCUUCUGGAAGUGGCUCGGAGACCAAGGAGUGGUCUCCGCCAAAUCCGCCGCGGAGCCCGCGGUGGUGCCGGAAGGUCUGGGACUUGUGGCCCGGCGCGAUAUCGGGAGAAACGAGGUCGUUCUGGAGAUUCCCAAGCGGCUGUGGAUAAGCCCGGAGACCGCGGCGGCUUCAAAGAUCGGAGCUUUAUGCAGCGGGUUGAAGCCGUGGGUUUCGGUUGCUCUGUUUUUGAUCAGAGAGAAGUAUGAUGAAGAUUCUGCAUGGAGAGUUUAUCUUGACGUCCUUCCUGAGUCUACUGACUCCACCAUCUUCUGGUCAGAAGAGGAGCUUGCCGAGCUCAAAGGGACUCAACUGUUGAGCAACACACUGGGUGCGAAAGAGUAUCUGGAGGAUGAGUUCUCAAAACUGGAACAAGAGAUACUACUUCCCAACAAAGACAUGUUCCCAUCCGGCAUAACACUUGAUGACUUCAUGUGGGCGUUUGGGAUUCUCAGGUCGAGAGCUUUUUCUCGCCUCCGUGGCCAAGACCUUGUCUUGAUCCCUCUUGCAGAUUUGAUAAACCAUAACCCUGAGAUAAAGACAGAAGACUAUGCAUAUGAGAUCAAAGGAGCUGGCCUCUUCUCUAGGGAUCUCUUGUUCUCCUUGAAAUCCCCUGUUUAUGUCAAAGCAGGUGGGCAGGUGUACAUUCAGUAUGAUGUGAACAAAAGCAAUGCAGAACUUGCUCUGGACUACGGUUUUGUGGAAUCAAACCCAAACCGGAACUCAUACACUUUAACAAUCGAGAUACCAGAGUCAGACCCAUUCUUUGGGGAUAAGUUGGACAUCGCUGAGACUAACGGGAUGGGUGAGACCGGUUACUUUGACAUAGUAGAAGGCCAGUCUCUUCCCGCUGGGAUGCUUCAGUACAUUCGCCUUGUGGCGCUUGGCGGUUCAGAUGCGUUCUUGUUGGAGUCUAUCUUCAGUAACACCAUAUGGGGCCAUCUUGAGUUGCCUGUAAGCCGUUCCAACGAGGAACUUAUAUGCCGUGUUGUCAGAGAUGCCUGCAAGUCUGCCUUGUCUGGUUUUACUACCACCAUUGAAGAGGAUGAGAAGCUUCUGGAAGAAGGGAAGCUUGAUCCGAGGAUGGAAUUGGCUCUCAAGGUAAGGAUUGGUGAGAAGAAGGUGCUUCAGCAAAUCGACCAAAUCUUCAAGGAUAGGGAGCUUGAGCUUGAUCUGCUAGAGUAUUACCAAGAGAGACGGCUCAAAGACCUUGGUUUGGUUGGCGAGCAAGGGGAGAUCAUCUUCUGGGAAUGAGAAUUAGCGUAUGUCUCGUAUAGCUUACAGAACAAAACUCAGGGACAGAAAGAAAAUCUUUAGUGAAUCAGCAUUGAGACAUAAGAGUAGAGAAAGACCACCCAUCUGUAUGUUAGGCUAUUGCCAAAACCGCCCUUUUUUGUGAAAUUUCUGCAAGAUGAGAUACAUAAUCUUGUUUUA